CAGAACCGUCAGUUAGGCGCAUUCUAAGCUUCGAGGAGAGUUUUUUAUAAGCAGUUAUGACGCAGCAACCAUGGGUGUGCGUGCGCGCGCAUGCGCGCGUGUGAUAAUAGUCUCAGUGAGCAGCGAUCGUCACUGCUCGCUUCUCACUUGAGCUCAUGGAGACAAGCGGCCACCAGCUGCUGUGAACAGUGCGAGGCGAACAUGGCAGCGAUGAAUCGACCCGGGUUUGUUGGGGCUUCAACAUCCAUGAAUUUCUCAAGGAUAACAAGAAAUGGAAGCUCGCCAUUCCCUGAUGAAUGCUCGCCCUCAGAUCUCACAGAAGAGGACAUAGACAAUCUGCGGACUGAGCUUGCAAAGAUGGAAGAUGAGAUUCAGACUUUGCGACAGGUGCUUUUGGCUAAAGAACAGUAUGCAGCGGAAAUCAGGAGACAGCUGGGCAUGAGUCCCCUCAGUAACGUCAAACAAAACCUGUGCAGGGGCUGGCAAGAUGUCCAGACCUCCACUCCGUAUCUCACAGCGUCAGCCACCCUGGAUGACAUCAAACACUCCAGUGUAUAUAUGAGGACACAGGAGAUUCUCUCUCACGCAGGCCACGUGACAUCUUCUGCCUUGUCCAAUGUGGGUGUGGGCAUCACCAGAAGACUGGCAGAGAUGAGAGCUCUUCCUCUUCCAAGCCCCCCACGCAGACUAAACCACACCAUAAGUGUCCCAAGCAUGAGACAUUCUUCUACAUUCAGAUCUUUUGAGGGAAUGGCCAGUAACGUGAAGGAUAGGGUGACUGGAGGAAUGACAAAUAAUGGAGACACAGCUGGGUUUGACAGACGAUUUGCACGUCACAGCACAUAAAAAAACAUAACACAGUAAGGAUUUUGUUUUGCAAAAAUAUAUUUUUUCCUUUUAUGUGUGUAUGUCUACUAUUACUGUUCCUCCAUUAGUUAACACAAAAUGACCAAUAGAAUGUUUUACGCUUUUAAUGUAGACUUAUUUUAACCUAAAACACCUAGGUGAUAUUUACUGUAAUAUUUGAAUUCAUUAAUAUUUUGGCAUAAAAAUGUACUGAAGCUAUAAUUAACAUGCAUUCAAUGACAUUAAUUGUGACAUUUACAAAACAGAAACUUACAAUAAAAAGUAUUUUUGUACUUUAAGUUUUUUUCAAUUAAAGUCAAUUGAAUGUU